GUAUCUCGCUAAUUAAAGAUCAUAAGCUCAAGCGUGUCAGCUGUUUAUUCCACAAAGUAUACAAUGUAAAAUAUCAAGAAAUAUAUAUGAAUAUAAGCAAAGAGCGCUCUCCUCGCGGCUGAUACCAACGCUACAUUUGUCUGCUUCAUAAAAUAUAUAUGUCUAAUUUGGCUAGUAUGCGUAUAAAUACUACGCAGAAAACAGUUGCAAAAAAUGUGUCUCCCAAAUCAGUGUGAAAGGGAAAAAGAAACAAAAGUGAAACACCUUUACAGUGUCGGAAUGGCUGCUCAGAUGGUAAUAGUUAACUCAAUCGAACUUAACAAUAUGCUUUUUAGUACGUCUCUCAUGUAUCUCUUACCUCUUAGUCUAAGGGUCAUUGGUAGAGUAGUCGUUACCGCCUUGAAAAUACAUUUAGAAGUAACCCUACAAUCGAGUGCUUCUAGAAAUAAAAAAUCUCUAUCUAUAAUAAUUGUUGGUAAAUAUAAUAACCUACUUUGUUCGCGCAAGUUGCACAGCAUUCAACACUUCAUUGUUAAAUAUCCCGUUUUACUAACUUAAUGAACUAAUCUCUACAUAUUAUAUAUAUUUUCUAACAGAAAGGUAUAAGGCACAAAUAGUACGGUGAUCCGAUGUAGUGUCGCCUAUGAACUUGUUAUGCUCAUUUUUAUUUAAAUAAUUUCCCCGCAGUUUUUUAAAGAAAAACUCAUUUAGGUAAAUGUUUUUUAUUACAACCUUGCCGAUAGAUAAGUGUGGAAAGCCCGCCACUACUCAAAAUGUUUUUUCUAGGAAGAAUAAGCAGUGUUUACUGACUUAGCUCAGUGGUAAUUUGGAGACCAGCUGAGGAAGCGUGAACUGCGGAAGAAGUCAGCUGACCCGCUAGACUGACAAGCUUCUGUAGGUUGAAUCCCUCUGGCCGGAGUUUAACACUGUACCUCGUACUAUUAACUACUGUCGACGAAUUUAUUUAGAUUCUGCUCCAUGCAAGUGUUUCUACUAUUUUUGACUAAGCUGUGACAUAUUCAAAGUACAGCAAGUAUGUCAGGUAAUGCGCGGUCUCGGCCUAAAUUCAUAUUAUUCUUUCAAAGUAUUUUGAAAGAUCCGCUUGUACCUUAUGUUAAUCUAGUGUAUAUAUCAAUCUUCAACAUGAUAUCUGAUCGAACGAAGUAGCACUUCCAUAGUGGCUUAUUGAGCAUGUUUCGAGUACUGCGCAACGCAUGAAAGCGUGUUACAAGAAACCUUCUGAAGUUUAUAAGAACUUCCACAUAGCUGUAGCACUUAGGCAGGUGUAGAAGGUGGAAAAUUACUAAGUGGACUCGUUGCGCUCUCACCUUACUUUCUAAUAAGGACUUAUAAAUCUUGCCGCUUUUAUCUGACAGUUAAGGGUCAAUCAAUAAGUUUUAACACGACUCAAUAGAGUCGUGUUGUACAAGUUAAGAGCUGUAUGGAUUUAUUGUUCCGAUUGUUUAUAAUGAAAUCUGAAAAAAAAACCGAUUCAGUGUUUGCCUGGUUCAGUGCCCAACUAGAAACAUAUCGUUAAACAUGUCUUAUUAAUAAAAAUUCUAUGCUUUUCUAGAAUUGUGCACUUUUUUGGCUUGAUCUCCAGGAAAGGACUGAAGUGUCGAAAUUUAGUGAUUUCCGUUGCUUAAUUCUAGUGUUUUUACGAGUGAGUGUAAAGCUUUGCUGCCAAAACGAUCAUCUAUCUGAAUAAUGUCCUAGCCAAGGAAUCGAGCCACUCGAUUACGAUCAUGCUUAUUGACGGCAUCGGUGGGAUUAGCCGAGGGUUACUUUCCAAAGCGCUGCUUCCAUCUGAGGUAUGUUCUGCUUCGCUACGGCGCAUCAAAACAACACGAGACCUCAAUGCGUAUAUUACUGUCACAGAAGAGUAUGCUCGUGUCCGGGCUGGACAAGGCGACAAACGAUGCGAGGCCGGAAAGAUGUUACCUCUUGACGGCGUGACAGUUGCUGUUAAGGACAAUUUCUGUACAGCUGGGACGCGGACUACGUGUGCCUCGUCGAUGCUUCACCAAUUUGUACCACAGUACACAGCCACUGUUGUGGAAAGACUAGAACAGGCUGGUGCGAUCAUCGUUGGAAAAACAAAUUUAGACGAAUUUGCCAUGGGAGCCGGAGCCACUGACAGUAUGUUUGGCCCUAGCAAAAACCCCUGGAGAUAUGAAAGCGCAAACGACGCUCUUGAGGGGGAUUUCUACAUCACUGGCGGUUCGAGUGGGGGUUCCGCUGUCGCCGUUGCUUCUGGGACGUGUUUUGGCGCUGUCGGUUCGGACACCGGUGGUUCAGUGCGAAAUCCAAGCGUGCGCUGUGGAGUACCAGCGUUGAAACCAAGUUAUGGCGCCCUAUCUCGACACGGGCUCAUCCCGCUGACACAUUCGCUCGAUUCGCCGGGCCUCAUAGCAUUGAGGAUUGAUGAUCUAGCCACGUUUUUUUUUAUCUGCGUCGGCAAAGAUAGUCGUGAUCCUACCACGAUCGACACAAGCAAAUAUUUCGCUGCUAAGGAUUUGCAACUGGAUUCUACACCAACAUGGAACGGACUCAAAGUUGGGAUACCGCAGGAAUACUUCUGCCCGGGAAUGCAAGAUGAGGUGGUCAAUCUUUGGCGAGACGUAGCUGACCUGAUGGCUAAGCAGGGGGCAAAGGUAGUUCCCGUAAGUCUUCCCCACACGCAAUAUUCUCUCCAGUGUUACUCCGUGAUCAACUGUUGCGAUGUAGCCUCGAAUCUGGCAUGCUACGAUGGUCUCGAAUACGGGUGCCGUGCGGACAAUAUGUCGUCUAUCGAAAGUCUUUUCGCAGAUACACGUUCCGAAGGAUUUAGCGAGACAGUACGUGGCCGGAUCUUAUGCGGGAACUAUUUUCUCCUCCGAGAAAAUUAUGACAAGUAUUUCCGACAAGCGAUGCGGCUACGGAGAUUAAUAAAAGACGAUUUUACACGCGUAUUCGAGCAGGUCGACCUAUUGCUUGCCCCAGUUACUCUUACUGAGGCUGUCCUCUACUCGGAAUGGGUAAAAAAAGACAAUCGGACCCGAACAGUUUUAGAGGAUUACUGCACGCAGCCGGCUAAUCUUGCCGGUCUUCCAGCUCUUAGCUUGCCUUGUCGGCUGUCCCGUAAGGGACUACCAUUGGGCCUCCAACUAAUAGGGCCGUACCUGAGUGAACUCAGACUUCUGAGCGCUGCUAAGCGGUUGGAAAUGGAAAUGGAUUUUCAGCAUUCGUGCAAGUAGAUAGGGCAUUUUAGAGUUGCGGUGUUGGUCGGUCUCGAUCUACGGUUGUUGAAAACGAAAAAUGAAGUAUCUUAUCGUGUUUCGAUGCAGUGGAACCUUCUAAAACAGAGAAAUGCAAGGUCGUCUCGAAAGAACGGAGAAGGUCAGCUCAUUAAAUUAAAAAUUAGUUAUGAGAAAUCGUUUUUCACAGUUAAAAUAUUCGUGCAAAUAGGUACGCCUCGUCUACGAAGCGUUGGCGAC